GGUUGGGGUGUCGCUGCCCUCUCCUCGCUCCAGCGCCAUGGAAUGCCUGCGGAGCCUCAGCCGGCUCCUGCCCAGCGCCGCGGGGCUGCCUCGCCGCACGCUGUGUGCUCCGGCCCUGGGCCUGACCCCCGGGGCGCGUCCCGGGUCCGCCUGCGGCCCCGCGGCCCUGCUCCUCGGGGGGACCCGGGCUGCGCCGCUCUGCGAGCCCCAGCGGCCCCGCGUGGCAGGUGAAAUGCAUCGGUUUAGAACUUCUGAUGUCUCUCAAGCUACUUUAGCCAGUGUAGCCCCAGUGUUUACUGUGACAAAAUUUGACAAAGAGGGAAAUGUUACUUCUUUUGAAAAGAAGAAAACUGACCUAUAUCAAGAAUUAGGUCUUCAAGCCAGAGAUUUGAGGUUUCAGCAUGUGAUGAGCAUCACAACUAGAAACAAUAGAAUUAUCAUGAGAAUGGAGUAUUUGAAAGCUGUGAUAACUCCAGAGUGUCUUCUGAUACUAGAUUAUCGUAAUUUAAAUUUAGAGCAGUGGCUGUUCCGGGAACUCCCUUCACAGUUGGCUGGAGAAGGACAACUUGUCACAUACCCUUUACCUUUUGAGUUCAGGGCUAUUGAAGCACUCCUACAAUACUGGAUCAGCUCUCUUCAGGGGAAACUCAGCAUUCUGCAGCCCCUGAUCCUUGAGACACUGGAAGCCUUAGUGGAUCCCAGACAUUCUUCUGUGGACAGAAGCAAACUCCACAUCCUACUACAGAAUGGCAAGAGUCUGUCAGAGUUAGAAACCGAUAUUAAAAUUUUCAAAGAGUCUGUUUUGGAGAUCUUGGAUGAAAAAGAUUUGCUGGAAGAGCUCUGCCUAACAAAGUGGACUGACCCCCAAGUCUUUGAAAAGAGCAGUGCUGGAAUUGACCAUGCAGAAGAGAUGGAAUUGCUCUUGGAAAACUAUUACCGAUUAGCUGACGAUCUUUCCAAUGCAACACGGGAACUCAGGGUACUGAUUGAUGAUUCACAAAGCAUUAUAUUCAUCAAUCUGGACAGCCACCGUAACGUGAUGAUGAGAUUGAAUCUACAGUUGACCAUGGGAACCUUCUCUCUUUCUCUCUUUGGACUAAUGGGAGUUGCUUUUGGAAUGAAUUUGGAAUCUUCCCUUGAAGAGGACCAUAGAGUGUUUUGGCUGAUUACAGGAAUUAUGUUUAUGGGAAGUGGCCUCAUCUGGAGGCGUUUGCUGUCAUUCCUGGGACGACAACUAGAAGCUCCUUUGCCUCCCGUGAUGGCUUCUUUACCCAAAAAGUCCCUUCAGACAGACAGAAGGAUGGAAAUGAAGCACAGCAUCCGGCUGGAUGGACUCGGAUCAGGAAGGAGUAUCCUAACAAACCGUUAACGACAUCAACCCUGUAGAGACUGGGUUCUUUUUCAUGGUAGUCAUGGGAAACUUCUGGUACUCUCAUUAUUUUCUUUUAUAGAGACAGGACUUGAAAAAAAUCACUUAAAUUAUAAUGUCUGGUGAUGAAGAUCUCCUGGCACUCACAAUGCUAGAACUUAACUGCAUUUUCAAAAUUGAGUAAGGAAGGCAAAGUACAUGUUCUCUAAAAAGCCAAAAUUCUAUUUCCCACAACCUUAAAAUGCUGCUUUCAUACACAUGAUGUGAGAGUAGAUGUUGUAUAGAUUUCCUGAUGUAUACAUAUCAAGAAAAGUGUGGUUUUCCUGCCAAGCGAAGCCUGAAAACUUGACAGGCUCACAGUGACAUCAGGCAGCAGGAGUUCUUAGUAAGGGGAUCAUGUUCUUGGGACCUUCCUGACUCUCAGGAGCCUGGAAAGGUAGGAAAAUACAUACUAACCUUAAACUCUGAAAGUUUGUGCUUUAAAUCCAUCUUUAACAUACUUUAUAUUAUUGUAUUUGUCCCCUUUUCAUAUAAGGCAGAUAACAAGGAAGUGAUUUAAUAUCAGCUUAAAUGGAUUCCAUUUAAUUAAGAUUUUUGCUUCCUUGACACAUAAAACUAUUUUUCUUUGCUUGGCUAUAAUGGAAGCCUUUGGAAGUAAUGUUGAAAGAAACUGUUUCCAUUCUGUUACUGUCUUCUAGCUCUGUGGUCAUUCCCUGAUUUAGAGUAGAUAGAGGUGUCCCUCAACCACUCCUCACCCACCAAAGAAGGUAUAUGUAGCCCAGUUAAUCUAUAUGCCUAUACCUUAGAGCUUGACAGAUGGGCCUCCUGACACCAGAAAGUAGAUAAACUUCAGAGUGUCCAGAGCAGCUCUUAAACUAUAGUAUAAUAGUAGUAAAACAGUAGAUGUGUUGAUAAUGUUGGGGUUACCUAAUACUACAACAGGAUGUCAUAUGAAGAAGUUGAGUCCAUUUACUGAGUGGUUUGAUGAUGGGAAUAAAACUGCUAUUCCAGUAGCUGAUUAUAGAAAGAAAACAGAUGGAGUUGUAAGUGGUUUUCCUCACUCCUGUGUGUGCUUAUAAGAAGCCACUAGAAGCUGGCAGAUACAAAGGCACCAGCUGGGUUGGUCUCAGCACUGAGUGGCCCACCUGGCACCUCCCCGUGGGUCAGGGGCACCCGUAGUGUGGGUGUUGGACUUGGAUGUACAUAACACUCUAGCAUCAUGAAUGUGUGUGAUGAUUUUCAUAAUCCUUGGGAUACUCUUGGUCGCACCUCAGCACUGCUGCUGUUUUUGAUCUUAGGAUCUUAUUCAUCACUGUACAUAGGUUAUAAGUAUCAGCUGUGACAUGGGAAGAACUGAAAGCCCAGUUGAGACACAGAAUAGAGUUUUGGCCUUUUUCCUUUUGGUGUGACUUAGUUUGUGGACUUGGGUAAAAAUUUUUUUUCAGGAGUCAUGUCUCUUUAAUAAAGGGAAAAGCAACUACCUCUUAAGUCUGAUGAAGAGUAAGUUACUGAUGGUUUAUAAAGUUCUUGAAGGUAGUUAGAUCAAGUAGGAUUUCAAAAUGUCAAAUGUCAACUAGCUCUGGUUUGCUGACGGCAGGAUGCUUCUUGUAUUAAAUAAGUGAAUCAUUUUAAUUCCAAAUUUAAAAUCACUUGAAGCACAAGUGUUUGGUUAUGUAAAUGAACGAGCAGUCUUACCUCCGUUUAACAAGGUCAAGGAAUGAUAUUCUUAAUGGACUGUUUUUGGAAGCCUAAGGAAAUGGAGCAGAAGAUAGCAUCUGAAAGUGACGUUUACUAAAUACUUUAUUCUUGAUAAACAGACUGAGAAAUCUCAGGAGUUGUAUACAGCUUUAUUUUUGAAGUCACAGUAUUUAACACACUUUAAUCUCAGGAUUGAGUUUCAUUACUUUAGUGUAAUACCUGUGGUGGUGAUCUACUGGAUGGUGAGUGGAUGGGGCAUAGGGCUGGGGUUCAAAGGCAUAGAAACACUCUUGUCUUGCAGCAAGUUGUUACAUUUGCAGGUAAUAUAAAAACAAAUCGCACAUAUGUAGAUGUGUUUUGAUAUCUUGAAAUAAAGGUAAUGGAGUUAUUAAAUA